CGCAGAUCUCGGUCCCGUGGUCUUAUCGCCAGAGGCAGUUAGAACAAUCGCAUUUCGUACGAAUGGCUGUGAAAACAUUUGGCCCUCCGAGGAGCCGCAAGAGGGUCAUAACGGCAGUUCCCACUCCACCCCGGUACCGGGCCCGCUCUUGGCCGGAAACUGUACCCCUAUCUGAGCUGUCCGAGGAGCGGUCGCCUGGUGGGGAGCCGGACACGGACUACGCUCUGUACCUGGCGAUGAAGAGGCGGCAGAGGGCCGAUCUGGAGGCUAUGGCGGAUGUGAAGAGCUGGCUCAACAGCAAACUCGCGGCCACAGACCUGGAGCUACGAGUCCUGGAGAGGCUAGAGCGGAGGUCAGAAGCAGGGGAGCCGGGGCCUGAGCCGAAACAGCAACCCAAAACCCAGAAAAAUACAUCAAGGAAGGUUUACGACAAACCUUCAUCAAUUAAUCUACCUUCCCUGGAGCCGGUUAAGCUACUCCAUGAAUAUUUAAUCAAAAAAAGACUACGAUUUGUAGAUUUCUUCCGAAGUAAUGAUCGAGGAAUGAAAGGGAAACUCUCAAAAGAUGAUCUAUUGGUAGCAUUUAAAAAGGUCAAUCUUCCAAUCACUGAUCUGCAGAUGAAUGAAUUGACAGAAACUCUUGGUGAUCACACAAACCACAUCGGUUACAAAGUUCUUGCGCAAGCGCUAAAUGCCUGGAAAGAAGAAUUGCGGCAAGAAAACAGAAAUAAGCAUUUCAAGAAAGCUCCAGUGAAUAGCUUGCCGAAGAUUCCUGUAUCAACCAAUCUCGUAAAUGCAACGGCAUCCAUCGAGCAAGAUGGUAACGUACCCAGAUCUCCACAUGAGUUCAAGGUGCAAGCAGUCAAUCUGAGAGAAAGCAGGCCUUUUACAGCUGAAGAAUUGGAGCAACGAGAACCGAGGAAUCAAGAUAGAAGUAGAAUGUUAAAGAACAAUCAACUUCAAGAAGAUUUAAUGGAAAAAUGCCUACAUACGAGAGGAGUGGAGCAUUCCAUUGCCUGCCAUUCGUUAACAACUACAAUGGGAGGAGAAAUGGGAGAGGCAGCCAACACCUUUUACAAACAGUGCCUGAAGGACUACAGGAGAACUCUGAAAAUAUGUCAAUUACAUGACAUUGCACUCACUGAAAAUAUGUUAGUGAAAGCCUUACUUCACCCUGGAGACCUAGAGCAAAGUUUGAGGCAAAGACAAUCCGGGACUGGUGUAGUAUCUGAUAAUACUAAGAAGCAACGGCUUUCCACCAGGGAUUCUCAUACAAGUGACAACUUCAUCAAAGGAAAUAUCGGAACGUGUGAUAUCUUUGGACGCGAAGAAGGCCUUUUACAGAGUUGA